AUGUUUGUGCAGCAUAUGCUGGGGAUCAAAGUCACUCUCAGAGACACACCUGCUCGGAGGAAAGUCCUCACCCCUCAGGUCCUCACCCCUCGGGUCCUCACCCCUCAGGUCCUCACCCCUCAGGUCCUCACCCCUCAGGUCCUCACUCCUCAGGUCCUCACCCCUCGGGUCCUCACCCCUCAGGUCCUCACCCCUCAGGUCCUCACCCCUCAGGUCCUCACUCCUCAGGUCCUCACCCCUCAGGUCCUCACUCCUCAGGUUCCCACCCCUCAGGUCCUCACUCCUCAGGUUCCCACCCCUCAGGUCCUCACUCCUCAGGUCCUCACUCCUCAGGUCUUCACCCCUCAGGUCCUCACCCCUCAGGUCCUCACCCCUCAGGUCCUCACCCCUCAGGUCCUCACUCCUCAGGUCCUCACCCCUCGGGUCCUCACCCCUCAGGUCCUCACCCCUCAGGUCCUCACCCCUCAGGUCCUCACCCCUCAGGUCCUCACCCCUCAGGUCCUCACCCCUCAGGUCCUCACUCCUCAGGGCCUCACCCCUCAGGUCCUCACCCCUCAGGUCCUCACUCCUCAGGGCCUCACCCCUCAGGUCCUCACUCCUCAGGGCCUCACCCCUCAGGUCCUCACCCCUCAGGUCCUCACCCCUCAGGUCCUCACCCCUCAGGUCCUCACUCCUCAGGGCCUCACCCCUCAGGUCCUCACUCCUCAGGGCCUCACUCCUCAGGGCCUCACCCCUCAGGUCCUCACUCCUCAGGGCCUCACUCCUCAGGUCCCCACCCCUCAGGUCCCCACCCCUCAGGUCCUCACCCCUCAGGUCCUCACCACCCAGUCGAUCACUCGUGGUCGACCACCCGUGGUCGAUCACCCGUGGUCGAUCACUCGUGGUCGACCACCCGUGGUCGAUCACUCGUGGUCGACCACCCGUGGUCGAUCACUCGUGGUCGACCACCCGUGGUCGAUCACCCGUGGUCGACCACCCGUGGUCGACCACCCGUGGUCGAUCACUCGUGGUCGACCACCCGUGGUCGACCACCCGUGGUCGACCACCCGUGGUCGACCACCCGUGGUCGACCACCCGUGGUCGACCACCCGUGGUCGACCACCCGUGGUCGAUCACUCGUGGUCGACCACCCGUGGUCGACCACCCGUGGUCGACCACCCGUGGUCGACUACCCGUGGUCGAUCACUCGUGGUCGACCACCCGUGGUCGACUACCCGUGGUCGAUCACUCGUGGUCGACCACCCGUGGUCGACCACCCGUGGUCGACUACCCGUGGUCGAUCACCCGUGGUCGAUCACCCGUGGUCGACCACCCGUGGUCGACCACCCGUGGUCGAUCACCCGUGGUCGAUCACCCGUGGUCGACCACCCGUGGUCGACCACCCGUGGUCGAUCACCCGUGGUCGAUCACCCGUGGUCGACCACCCGUGGUCGAUCACCCGUGGUCGAUCACCCGUGGUCGACCACCCGUGGUCGAUCACUCGUGGUCGAUCACUCGUGGUCGACCACCCGUGGUCGAUCACUCGUGGUCGACCACCCGUGGUCGAUCACUCGUGGUCGACCACCCGUGGUCGAUCACUCGUGGUCGACCACCCGUGGUCGACCACCCGUGGUCGACCACCCGUGGUCGACCACCCGUGGUCGACCACCCGUGGUCGACCACCCGUGGUCGACCACCCGUGGUCGACCACCCGUGGUCGACCACCCGUGGUCGAUCACCCGUGGUCGACCACCCGUGGUCGAUCACCCGUGGUCGACCACCCGUGGUCGAUCACCCGUGGUCGACCACCCGUGGUCGACCACCCGUGGUCGACCACCCGUGGUCGACCACCCGUGGUCGACCACCCGUGGUCGAUCACUCGUGGUCGACCACCCGUGGUCGAUCACCCGUGGUCGACCACCCGUGGUCGAUCACUCGUGGUCGACCACCCGUGGUCGAUCACCCGUGGUCGAUCACUCGUGGUCGACCACCCGUGGUCGAUCACUCGUGGUCGACCACCCGUGGUCGAUCACCCGUGGUCGACCACCCGUGGUCGACCACCCGUGGUCGACCACCCGUGGUCGACCACCCGUGGUCGAUCACCCGUGGUCGAUCACCCGUGGUCGAUCACCCGUGGUCGACCACCUGGCCCGAUUCGACAAAGAAUUUGAAAGGCGGAAUAAUUAA